UCUCUUUCCUUUUCUCUCUCUUUCUCUCACUCGCUUUAUUCUUUCUCUAUUACUAAGGUCCGUAUUAACAGUCGUUACUUGAGGCUUGUCUCAUGUGAGAUACUCAGAUUUUUAUUCGGAAUUAGGUCCAAAUUUUGACAUUAUAUGUUGACUGUUGAAUCACGACACAACUGAAAGAACUUUCAUCUCACUUGAGAGAAGUUUCAAGUAACAAUUGUUAGUACGGACCUUGGAGUAGUAGAUAUGCUUAUUGUUUCAGUCGGCAUUCGCGCUUAAUUAAGGAAAUGAUAAGCUAAAUUUUCAAGGCAUCGUGUAGACGAGUUUCACAUUAUAUACUCUGUGCGCGUUCUCUCUCUCUCUCUCUCUCUCUCUCUCUCUUUCUCUCUCUCUCUCACACUUUUUUAUAUUGAAACAGAAAUUAUAUUACUAUAUUUUCAAUAUUUGUGAUAAUGUGUGUGUAACUCAAGGCUUUGUUUUAUUUUUAUUCUAACGUUAAGUUAUUAGCAUCUCAUCGAUUGCUACAUACGAAUACGAGAACACUACACAGUCAUGGCUAAAUAUUCGUGGCUUUGCAUAAUUGAAAGUUUGUGCUCGGACGAGUCCCUUACAAACUUUCCGUUUCAUUUUGCAUCCCAUUGCGAGGUAUCGAUUUGUGUUUUUAUACAAACCGCUCCUAUUUUCGCGUAACAAGCAGACAAUAGUAACAGUAACGUCGUCGAUAAAGAAUUUUAAACGUUAGACUAUUCUGGGAGGGAAAAACAUAGAAUGCAUAUCGACACCGGGUUUUGGAAUUUUAUUCUCAAUUCUAAAACGCCCGUUGCCGACGUGACCUUGCUCGCAACCAGAUUCGCAACUUCCUCGUAAAAAUGGACGCUUUCAGAUAAGCUCGGUACACCGUCCAUUUAUAACCGUGAUAAUAUCAAACGCAGAAAAUAUUUCUACGUAAAAAAGAUAAAGAUGAUCAUUAGACUCGCGUAGUGGGUAUUCUAACGGAAGGCGCGCGAUACUACUCCUUUUCUGACAUGUUUUCCUAAUGUCACACAUCGUAACGCGAGAUAUAUUCGCUAUUUAGAUUUUAACUCGUACGCCUCGUCGAAUUUUCGCGUGCAAGCGUAUUUAAGAAUUUCUUUUUCCAAUAAUACACCGAAUAUAUAAAAUAGAAAUAUUCCAUGUAACAAAUUGCAAAAUGUUAGAGAAGAAUGCUCCGCAAGUAUCAGUUAUUACAAGUGCUAAUUCUCAGCACUUUUAACAAUUUCAAACAAUAGCCAGUGUGAUCAACAUCAGCCGAUUCGUGAUCAAUUUUUUCAUCUGUUUUUGUGCAGAAUAUAAAAGAAGAGUGGGAACUCUUUCGAGUCUUAAGAUCGCAUUACAAUUUUCUCUACAUACAUCCUCCAGUUAUACGAUAUUCUACGAGUGAAAACAAUUAAUCUUCUUUUAGCCCCGACGACUGAGAGAAGGUGCACGAGUACAAAGUGUUAAACCAUGCUAGAGAUUUCGCGCGAAGAAUAAUUCAAACGUGAGUGCGAUUUACCGAUCGAUAUUCACACAUGGAUCAAUACUGGAAGUCGAGGAUGCCGAUCUCGUUAUGCCGGUCGAAAAAUAGACGCGCGUUCCAGCACGAUCUGUUUCAGAGACCACCGCUAGUAGCAUGGAAGUCGCGGAGAGAGAGAAGCCGCUGCUCAAAGACUUGAACGAACAUAUCAUGUGCCAGUUGUGCCGUGGAUAUCUCAUAGACGCCACAACCCUCGUGGAAUGUCUGCACUCCUUUUGCAGAGGCUGCAUCGUUCGACUGUACAGCGGCGCCCGCGCGUGUCCGAUUUGCGGCGUGAAGACCACACCGCCGCUCCUGCCGGACACGCGUCUCCAACGGCUGGUAUACCUCGUGGUACCUGGACUCUUCCGCUCGGAGCUUCAACGACGACGUCAUUUUCUGGUGAUGAAUCCGCUAUGCCCGCCGUUGCCACCUCCUCUCGGCGGCAUCAAUCUUACUUUGGACGACUUUGUCAGUCUGAGUCUGGAAGAGCUAGACGAGACCAAGUGGGAAGUGGGCCAGAAUAGAGUGGUGAAGAAACGCAGCAACGUCUUGUCGGAGGGCCUCCCAAAGAAUGACAACAGCGUCAACGACGAGACGUCGCAAAGCGGCGGCAAAACACGAUUCCUCAAGUGUCCAGCAGCCGUCACGGUGCGUCAUUUGGUGCGACUGCUGAUACUGAAGAGAGGGUGGGAAGAGACUAACUCGUUAACUGUCAACGGCGUCAGCAGAAUAGAAAUCAUGUACCGUCGUCUCGGAUCACGUCGCCGUGAGGAGGAGAUACAUCUUCUCAGUCCCUAUUGGACGCUCCUGGACCUCGCAUAUAUAUUCCACUGGAAGAGGAGAGAACCGAUGAAGCUGGUCUACCGGGUGUUGCGAAAGGACGAAAUGCUCUCGAUAUCGGAAGUUGCUUCAAACUACGUAGCAGAAGAUAGCCAGCCGGUUAUCGAGAACAUACAAAGACCGCCGACUCCGCCACCUAGUCCAAAGCCUAAUCGUGAGCCAGAAGCAGAAGUAGUGGAGGUGGAAGUUCGACAGACUCUGGAGAACGACACAAAUCUAUCUCGCAAUCUGGAGACAAGCGUAGAUCGCGACAAGGAGACGAAGACGAAGAAGCCGCGCUGCGAGGUUACGCCGGUCUUGCGAACUCCCGAUCCACCACCCGCCAAUAUUUCAACGAGAAAUCACCAUCAUCACCACCAUCAUCAUCAUUCGAAGGAAAGCACGAGGAGCAAACACAUGGGUAGAGUGGAGCAUCGAAAGCGACGCAAGCGACGAAACAAGCGGGUAAUCGCCGAGAUCACCACGACGCCGCGCGAAGAUCUGCUGAAGCUGAAGGUCAGACUGACGCCGCGUCCCCCGAGGAUCACUUCCAGUGGGGGUGGCAAUAGUAGCGGUGAGAGCGGACGUUCGAAGGAUAGGUUAUCGCACUUACGAGCGGUGAGGCGCGAGAAACUUAAGGCUCUCAGUCAGCAACACUCAACGGCGGUUCGUUCUCCUCGGGCGAUUUCUCCUCCCUCCGACCAUUCUCCAGUCGAUUCUCCAGUCCAUUCUCCAGUUGAUUCUCCAGUACAUUCUCCAGUCCAUUCUCCAGUCCAUUCUCCAGUCCAUUCUUCGGAGGCCGGUGAAGAAGCAAGUACCAAGGAGGAGACGAUAGAGAUGGAGGAGACGAUCGAGGAAAUCAUCGAUAGCAUCCCCGACGAAGUCGUGCGCAUCGCACAGAGCGAGGAAAACACUGUCGUCGAGCGAAUCGUAAUCAAAGACAUAGCUAAAGAUCAGAUAAAACCAGAGGUGAAAGAGACGAAGGAGGUAAAAGAAGAGAAGGAAAUUAAACAAAUGAUAAAUAAGGAAACUAAAGAAAUGAAAAGAACCCAAGAUGUUAAGGAAGUUAAAGAACUGACAAAGGUGAAGGAAAUUUUAGAAAUUGAGAUACUGAAGAUAGUUGAAGAAGUGAAAGAAAUAAAAGAAGUCAAAGAAACAAAGAAGAUAAAAGAAGCGAAAGAAGUAAAAGAAGCGAAGGCAGUAAAAGAAACGAAAGAAGUGAAAGAAACAAAGGAACCAAGAAAUGAAAGUGCAUCGUCGGAUCGAACGAAGAGAAUAACGGAAUCGGAACCGAAGAAAGACCAGGAAAUCUUACGGAGGUUGGGCCUGGUCGCGGUCAACGAGGCUAUCGCCGAGCUACGCGACAAGGCGAAGCAACGCUCGCAAUAUAGCACUGACAAGACGAACAGUCUGGAUCGCGAGAAGCUGGAGAGGCAGUUGCGCGAGAGCAAAGCCAACCGUGUCCGGAGCCUGCUCGCGGAGAAACAGAUGCGCGACGCCCUCAAGAGCAUCAUGUCCAAGACAAACGAGGAACGUUCGUGCGUUGGCAGCACAUCGUCAUCCGUCCCUGCGACUGUUUCUGCGACCGCUUCCGUGACUAUUCCUACGACUACUUCUACGACUGUUCCUGUGAGCAGUCUUGCGGCUGUUCUUUCGGCCGUUUCUACGACCGCUCGUUCGACCGCUCCUACGCCCGCUCUUUUGCCUGUUUUUACCACUCCCACGACUAUAAUUACUCCUGCGACCACUUCCGUAACCAUUUCCACACCACUCCCUGCGGCGACAAACACAACUGCUAUGGGUACUUCUGCAAACACCCCUGCAAGUGCCGCCAAUCCCAUACCCUCACUUCUACCCGCAACUGCACCAAAGAAAAAGGGUCCACCACCGUUGGCGCCGUUGCGCGUCGCGAAACCCUCCGGCUUCGCGACGAGUAGCGGCCUGCUGAUGUCCAAUACUCCCAAGUACGAAACGCCGUUGGACCUCAGCAGCGCCGGCACCGUCAACAACAAAGUUCUUGAUCUGUCCGCCACAUUGACUACUAGCAGCAGUCCGCCUACUUCAUCUUCUUCUUCAUCAUCCACGUCCUCCUUCUCGACUAAAUCCUCUUCAUCGUUACCAACCACUAAGGCAUACCCCGUCAUAAUCUCUGAAACCAUAAUUCGAGGUCCCACGCACCUGGAUCAUCGCAAGGAGGCGAGCUUGAAGGAAGUCCUUUCGGAAGCUGCCACGUCCGUCUUAGGCAACUGUUCGACGGAUAAGGGUCAGGUGGAGCCGCUCGCGUUGGCCUCCAUGAACACCGCCGCUGCCAACAAGGUCGCUCUGCGCAUACCUCAGCCGCAUCAACGCAUCUCCGGCUUUCGGGUGAAGGUCAUCAAACCAAAUCUCAGUAUCCGACAAAUCCCGAAUCCCCAGGCCGUGGUGGCCUCUCAGUACCGUAAUCAAAGGCCCAAUUACGUCAACACCGUCUCCCAACAGCCACCGUAAAUAUUAUUUCCAUUUAUUUUUUCUCUCUCUCUCUUUCUCCUUCUUUUUUUUUGCCCAUUGCAAUCUCCACCCGGUCGCUGUUUUAUUUUCAUCGCGUCCCGACGAAGCGUCACGAGAGACGGGGAUUCCUAUACCACUAAUCCAAAGGCUGUAGAUUAUCGCGCAUCAUAUGUUAUCUUCUAGUUUCUGCAACGACGUCGAACGCGCACGCGAUGACGUAAUUAGAUCAGUCGAAAGAGUCAGGAUGAUCAUGGAACGGGUGGCUCAUUCGCGACUUCUUUCUCGAUCUUAUUUAGAAACACGAAGGCUGCCCUGACCUACGAGCCCCGUGAGUAUCAUUUCCUGAUGUCUCUUUUGUUAAAUCUAGAUAUAAAUAUCAGUUUCCAAAUUUUCCUCGCGCAUAUCAAUCACGGAUAUCGACCCGUGAUUUUGACAGGAAACAAGAUAAACGAAAUGCCGAGCAGAGAGAGCGACUUUUAAACAAUCGUGUCCGCACAUUUGUAACAGCUGGUGACGAUGACGUGCGCAGUCUCGUCAUCACCGUUGCCGUCAUGUCACUUUCGACCUGAUUACGUCACAGCGCGUCGUUCCACGUGUGUCUUGCCCUUUGCGACAGCAUAGAGAAGCCGAUAUUACCGUCGGAAUAAUCCGUCGGAUUAUUGUUACCUAGGUACAUCAAAACUGCAUAUGUCUGUAAUGUGUAUAUGCCUGACCUUUGUCGUGGUGGUCUAUAUAGUUACUAUUACGGCGGAUCGAUCUGAUAAGACGGGCCUCCGCGAAGAAUCCGCCACGUAUUCAGUAUUCAAAGGAGAUGGAUUAAUUAUAUAUAUGUCGAGAAACAGA